AGAGGAUGUCCCCCAAGCCCGCCUACGUGGUGACCAGCGAGUCGUCUUUCCCGAGAGCUUCAGACACCGCCGCCGCCACCGGGGUGUGCGCCUCCUGCGCCCUGUCCCCGCCAGGCAGCCCCAGUCCGGCGCCGCCGCGGACCUGCGCCGACAGCGAGCCCCGAGCUCCCAAGAAAGGCAGGGCGCGGCGCGGGGGUCGCAGCCGGCCCAAGAGCGACGCGGCGCUAAGCAGACAGCGACGCAGCAGGCGCAUGAAAGCCAACGACCGCGAGCGCAACCGAAUGCACAAUCUCAACUCGGCGCUGGACGCGCUGCGCGGCGUGCUGCCCACUUUCCCGGACGACGCCAAGCUCACCAAGAUUGAGACGCUGCGCUUUGCGCACAACUACAUCUGGGCGCUGACCGAGACGCUUCGCAUGGGGGAGCACGGCCUUCGGGGGCUAGGGCUGGGUCUGGAACUGGGACUGACCCCGCCGCCGCUCCCUGCUGGGGAGCUCAGCAGCCCCGGCAGCGCCUCCUCCUCCUCCUCCGGGGAGUGGGGCUCGCUCUAUUCUCCAGCUUCGCAGGCGGGCAGUCUAAGCCCCACCACCUCGCUGGAGGAGCCGCCGCCUUUGCCCUCAGCCGCUUCCCCGGUCUGUCUGGGCCCCGAAGGCCUGUCCUUCCCCGACUUUGUGUAGAAGUGCCCAGGAGAGCCUCGGAGGCCAGUGGGUCCACGCGUGGGCGCAUGCUCUAGGCACUAGCUCUUCGACCUUCGGGCAGCUUUCCCAUUUCAGAUUCUUCUUGCACAGUGCCCACUUUCUACCAGGUUUGGGGGAUUUAUACAUGAUCAUUCUUCUCGGGCAAACUUAGAGUCGACAAGUGUCUGCAGUUUAGCCACCAGGUCCCACCGAACUUCUAUAAAAAGACUAGAUGUAUAGUGGUGGAAUCAAAGCGCGUUCUCGCCGCCUCCGGUCUCUUCUGUCUGACCCCUUUUCUGCCUCGGCCCAUUCGCUCAUCUUUCUAGUAUCUCUGGACUUUCAUCUCGGAGUCCGUUUUUCUCGAUGUCUCUGUGCUUUCUGGUGGCACGAAUGUCUUUGUCUCUGUAUCGUUUUACGUGUUUUUUUUUCCCUUGUGGAGUCUACAUCAGUUUCUGUCUCUGUCUGUCUCUGUCUCUCUCAGUCUUUGUCUCUCUCUCUGUCUUUGUCUCUGUCUCUGUCUCUCUCUCUGUCUCUCUCUGUCUUUGUCUCUGUCUCUGUGUCUGUUUCUGUUUCUCUGUCACACACACACACACACACACACACACUCCGUAAGUGCUCCCCUCCUCCAUUCGGGGCUGCUUUUUUCCCCCACUAGGAGCGCCCUGUCCCGCCCCCCCCCCCCCCCACGGCUCCAGACCCCCAGCUCCUCUCUUACUCAAUCGAGGGCGAAGACGCUCAGCCUUGUCCUCUCGCACUUUCCGGAGCUGCCGCCAGAGAUGAGAACGCGGGUGAGGUCUGAGCUCGAUGGAGCUCUGGGGCCAAAAGGCUGUGCCUGAGGCCACGACUCCGACUUAGCUCUUGCAGCUCGCCCCACUUCUGGGAGCCAGAGGUCGGGACCUCGGUGCAGGACCUGGGGAGAACAAAAUCUCUUCUUGAAAUCAGGUCGUGAUUUUUAUGCUGUCUUUUGGGAUGCUGAUUUUUUUUUUUUUUUUGGUACUUGGACACAGUAAAUUAUAUUAAUUUUUCCAUUUUGUAUUUAUUAAUAUUUCAUAGUGUGAAAAUAUAUAUUUUGUAAAUAAGAUUAUUUUGAUCUCGGUGAAAGCCUUUUGGUGCCAAUAAAAU